AUGAUCUCUCGUGCUCUGCAGGAAACCACCCGGCUACCGCGUCACAUUCUUCCAAGGGUCCACGUUUCCCCCGCGAGGUUUUCAUUUCCACAGCGCAUACGAUCUCGCCUCUUCCAGUGCCACCACUACUCGGCCAUGCCCGAACCAGCACCGCCGGUCGAGUACGGAUACGUUGACGGGGUGGAGCAUCUCGGCGACUAUCGACCGGGCGGCUAUCACCCAAUCCACAUCGACGACCGACUAAACGAGCGAUACCGAGUCGUGCACAAGCUAGGCCACGGCACGUUUUCAACCGCCUGGCUUGCCGUCGACGAGAACUUGUCCAAGUACGUUGCCGUCAAAGUCGGCACCGCGGAUGCGGACUGCACCGAGGUUGAUGUCCUCUCCCUGUUCACGCAGAGCGUUGCAGGCCACAAGGACUCGGAACACAAUCGCUCGCUGGUCCCCGUCGUCCUCGAUCGCUUCAGUCUCAACGGGCCGAACGGCACUCACCCUUGCCUCGUCACCCUUCCGGCACGUUGCAGCUUGCGGGACGCAAAGGAGGCAUCAGGUAACUCCUUGCUUCGGCUAGAUGUCGCCAGGUCCCUCGCCGCGCAGCUCGUUCUGGCCGUCUCACUCGUCCACUCAAAAGGUUACGCCCACGGAGAUCUUCAUCUUGGUAACCUUCUCCUACAGCUUCCCUCGUCUCUGGAUAAUCUUUCGAUACAGCAGCUGUACGCACGGUACGGCGAGCCGGAGAAAGAGCCGGUGGUUCGUAUAGACACACAAGCACCGUCAACGGAUCCCGGAGUCCCGUCUUACGCGGUGCCUCCGGUAUGGCUGGGCGUGCCAAGUAACGAAGUCACUCUAGGUGACGCCAGAUUGAUACUGGGCGACUUUGGAGUUGCCUUCCGUCCAGCCGACAAGUCUCGGUUCGAGUCCUACACGCCGCUCGUCCUCCGCCCUCCCGAGGCCUUCUUCGAGCCGGGAACGCCCCUCACGCUCGCCUCGGACGUUUGGAGCCUGGGCUGUGUGCUCUUCGAGCUUCUCGCCCACCGCUCGCUCAUCGACGGCUUCCUCGCGCCCCAGGACGAGAUCACGGCGCAGCAGGUCGAGCUGCAGGGGCCCAUGCCGCCCGAGUGGUGGGGGAAAUGGGAGGAGCGGCCGCGAUGGUACGACGACGCCGCCAGGCCCUUGAGCAACGCGUCCGAUAUCUGGCCGUGGGAGCGGCGGUUCGAGCAGUGGGUGCAGAGCCCGCGGCGGUCGAGGGGCAUGGAGACGAUGGGGGAGGACGAGCGGGACGCGCUGUUGAAGCUCUUGGGGUGGAUGCUCGCAUGGAGGCCGGGCGAGAGACCGGACGUGCUGGAGGUGCUGGAGGCGGAAUGGAUGACGCGGUGGGCUUUGCCAACGUACCAGAUAGGUCUCGAUGGGGUUUGA